UGGAGGUGGUUGUAGAGGUUGCUGAAGAAUUUGAAAACGAAGACUUCCUGCCGCUUGCCAGUAAGGAAGAAGAAGCUAGACGUCGAAGCUGAUCACAAUGGCGCAACGAGGGUUCCCACCAGUCCCCUCCGUUGCCACCAUGGCGGCCCUGCUGUUGCUCACAUUCCUAACGUCGGCUAUCCAUGGACAAGCUGCAUCCCCAGAAGCGGGUACGGUCAAGAUCUCGGGUUUCCAGUAUGCAGGUGAUGGCUGCCCGGCAGGGUCUGCGGAGGGGGCAGUAUCGGAUGACGGACAAGCAAUCACUAUGAUGUUCAGCAAGUACACUGCGUCGACAGAUGCUGGCUUGGACGGUCUGAGGAAGAAGUGCACGGUGACGGUCAAUCUGAGUUAUCCGCCAGGUUUCCGCUUCCACUUGGGGACGGUCACUAUGCGCGGAUACGCCAAGCUGGACGCGGGCACGAACGGGACCGCUCAGACCAGUUACUAUAUCUCCGGGCUACCAGGGACGGCAAAAGCCAACCGCGUCAUCACCGGCAGUUUCAAUGAUAACUACGAGUUCACGGACCAGUUCGGUGUGCUAGUGUACAGCAAGUGCAACGUCGUCAGAGACCUCAACCUCAACUCCGAAGUGCGGGUGAAUGCUGGGGACCCAGCGAAAAACGCCCUCAUGACGGUGGACUCUCAGGAUCUCAAGCUAACGCAGGAGUUCGCCAUCAUCUGGGAGUCGUGCUAAGCUCCGGACGGCGAUCCAACAUCGUCAGCUUUCCAGCUUGCCAACGGCUAAGUUUGGCCGUAGGCCAUAUUCACACCAGGGAGAUCCUUGGCGGAAUGUGCAUGCGGUGAUGGAGUCCCAGUGUGGAUAUGGCCCUCGAAUGGAUAGGCGAAGGAAUGCCCGGAGGACUCAGAAGUAUCCCCUCGCUGGCUGGCCCGAGGAACUGCGGAGAAGAGCGUGAGGUUAUGGGGGACCAGCACUGAGGGGGAAACAAGAGGUGACAGUGGCUCCGUAAUAGGAUGGCCAAUGGAAUCUGUGUGAAAUGACGAGGAUCCGUACUGACCAUCUGUUUAUAUCAGGACAUCUCUUCUUAUCAAAACUCUCUGAUUGCAUUUGUAAGUUUUUGUAUUACUGCAUAGUCGUAGCUGUGGGAGGUAAUCAAGCAGUAGAAUGUCC